AUGACGAAAUAUUAUCGUAUUCUCCUCUCACUCCUCCUCAUCUCAUCGUACCUCAUCGACGGCGCCCCAACCAUGGCUCCCAUAUCUUUACCAGCAGAUGACGCUCUCUCCACCUACUACUGCAUUGAUUCCCCGGCUUGGUCCGAGCCCUCCUUCCUCCCGAAAAAUUGCGCAACUGCGAUGUCACAGUUCUUUGUUCAGGAAAUGCUUGUGCACGGGGACGUUGUUUUCGAGUUCCAUGCUGUCGGCGCCCAACCCCGAUCACGCUAUCCCUCACAACAUACGCCACAGAAGUUUACGUAUGAACAACUCCCUGGGGUUCCUCCAGCAACAAUGUUUGGUCUGACGGAUGUUGCUUCCUACAGUGAUGCGUGGAAUGCAGUAAAGCGAGUGAAGAACAAUUGCAUAUCAGAAUAUCUUGCAACCAAUGAGACGAUUCACGAGAGUGGAGGAGGGAUGAAUUUUAGAAGUCUGACAGGGUGGAGUGCAACUGGUACGCUGCACCUCCUAAGGACAUUGGGCGAGUCGGUUGCCGACGUUAAGUAUGUUCUACAGGAAGCAAAGGCGCUAUUGGUGUCUUCCUAUGGGACACAAAUUCGGAAAUAA